UCAAGGUUUAUAUCGUUUCAGGUGAAAAAUGGAAAGCCAAAAGGACGAAUCAAGGAUUCAGCAGGAGGAAAGUGAUGCUAUACUCGCACGUCACCUUCAAGAAGAAUUCGAUAAGCUGAACGAAGCGGAUGCUAUGCAAAACGUGCGAAGCGAGGAUACAGUGCCGAGGAGCGAACCACUACGAAAAUCCUCUGUUAACAAUGUUUUGACAGUACCAUGCCCUGAAUGUACAUUUAAUAAUGAAAUUCUGAAUCCCGUUUCAGGAAAGUGUUAUAAAUGUAUACAAUGCUAUACCCAGCUUAAUGUUCCAAGUUCUUGCACGAAGGAAGAGGAGCAUCCCCAGGUAAGGGAAUGCCCCGCCUGCCAUUUAAAAAAUAUUAUACCAUCAAGGAAGGCAGAUGCACUUCUAUGUGGAGCUUGCUAUCAACAACUUGUUGAACCAAGUUCACCAAUCAGUGAACAGUCUACGCAGGAAGUACGAUCGGUUCAAAUCAGAUGCGGUGAAUGCAGUGCUAUAAAUUUAGUUCAGGUGACUUCGAAUCUAAAUUGUAUUCAGUUUGAAUGUGGCGGUUGUACAUCAAUUAAUGAAGUCGCGUUGCCCUGAGGUGUCGGCGAUCAUAUUACAUCUCACAAAUCGAUGGAAUUUGUAUGCAUUAUCUCAAAUUAGGCAUUUAUGUGAUCGCUUUUAAACUUUCCGGAUUCCCCUACUAUAAUUCUUGAGGUCAACAGUAGUGAUGCAUUCAGCAUUAAAAGAAUUUUUAUUUGAAUCUGUUUUUCUUCGUUUUUUCAAGUGAGUAUUGUCAUUUAAGGUAGUUGUUCUGCUAGGCUUCUGAACACAUGUGAUAUUAGAGCUUUUUUCAAUUCGGGAUCUUCAACAUCGGAAAGAUAAGUAGAGGAAACCUUAUUUCCUUAUAAGUAAAAACUACUUGUGUUGUUAUAUGCUUUCUUACCGUAUAUAGUUUGCGAAUCGACUAUUCCCGUUAUUUGAAUAAUUUGUCUGU